AAUUAUGUGGCUUUUUGGGUGAAGGCAAAGCCACCUUUGAAGGAAUUCUCAAUGAGCAGUUUUAUUUUUAACUUCCAUAACAUUAGAGCUUGUAUUUGAGAUUAGGUGUCGGAAGUGGCUGGGUUGAUUGUGUUUUGGUUUUUAUUUAUUAUUAUCCUUCCAUGCCUUAGUUUUGAUGAGUUCUUGAUGGACAUGAAGCAAUUCCGCCAACUUUGAGAUAUAUUUUGAUAGAUGAACAUAUCCUAUGUUCAAAAGAAAAUGAUAAUUUACAGUGUGGUCUUAAUUCUAAUCUCUCUUUAUAAUGUAGGCACAUUAUGUGCUAUUGCUCUAUUCUUUUAAAGAACAGCUGCAACAACAUGUUUGUGUACACGCAAUGGAAGUAGUAAUGGCUUGUUGGGAGAUUGAGCAGUCCCUACAAAGCUUAACAGAACAUUUCUACUUGAUUUAAUGCCAGGCCCAAAUUUCUUCUUCGUUGCUUUAAUAGUGGAAGCACAGGAAGCAGUGGCAGCAAUAGAAGCAGGUGGUAAUGUAGCUGGAGGUAGAGGUUUCUAUCUGAAAGGAGAUGGUGUACGCCUUAAUCAAGCUCUAAUUAAUUUUGGUCUUGAUUUUGUGGAGAAAAGGGGGUACACUGCAUUGCAAACUCCAUUCUUUAUGAGGAAAGAUAUCAUGGCAAAGUGUGCUCAGUUAGCACAAUUUGAUGAAGAACUUUACAAGAACGGCCUGGACACAAAGGUGGAGAAGUCAAGGAAGCAAUUGAAGGAAAGGAAGAACAGGACCAAGAAGAUCCGUGGUGUAAAGAAGACCAAGGCUGGAGAUGCUGCAAAGGCUGGGAAGAAGAAAUAAGAUGUUGUGGAUUUUGUGGUUAUUGCAUGCCGGAAGCAAAAGCGAAGAAUGGUCUUACGCAGCAGCUUUCUUCAUAUAGUUAUUCUGUUAUUUUUGGAUUUUGGUUCAGUUUUCUUGCUGCUUAAUUAAAACUUUGGCAUGUAUGAAUCUCUCUUUCAAUCAAUUUUACUACUAAGAAAUUUUGUUCCUACCAAAAUUCAGUCUAAUUCUAUGUAUUACAAUGAUGAGUCAUUCAUGUUGUAGAUCUUUUGAGGUCUGAAGUUACUUCAAUGAGCAUACUUAGCUUUACUGGACAUCUUGUUUGGAUUUCUUAGUUUUU